AACUCUAGACUAGUGAUCAGAAACAGCUGAUCGUGAGAGGCAGAGCAUCUCAGUCCGCAAUGUCAUCCGAGGAGCUCGCACGGAAGCUGCAGCGCAGGCUGGACGCGGAGCAGCGUGACACCAAACCCGGCUCACCGGCGCAGACAGGAGCGGACGAGGAGCAGCCGCCGCCGGAGAGACCCAGCACUGCUGCCGUGAACGGCGACGCCAGCUCUGAACUGACGGAGAAACUCAACCGCAGACUGGACAUCCAUGACGGAACGGCGAAACCCAAGCAGAUGAAGGUUUUCAACCCCUACACCGAGUUUAAAGAGUUCUCGCGCAAACAGAUCAAAGACAUGGAGAAAAUGUUCAAGAGAUUUGACUCCGGUAAAGACGGCUUCAUUGAUCUGAUGGAACUGAAGCUGAUGAUGGAGAAACUUGGAGCUCCUCAGACUCAUCUGGGCUUAAAGAACAUGAUCAAGGAGGUGGAUGAAGAUUAUGAUGGCAAACUCAGUUACAGAGAGUUCCUGCUGAUCUUCCGGAGGGCCGCAGCAGGUGAGCUGCAGGAAGAGAGCGGACUGAUGGCUCUCGCUCGACUUUCAGAGAUCGACGUCUCGACCGAAGGCGUUCUUGGAGCAAGGGAUUUCUUUGAGGCAAAGGUUCAGGCUCUGUCCGUGCGCAGUAAGUUUGAAGCAGAGAUACGAGAAGAACAGGAAGAGAAGAAGAGGAUGGAACUGGAAAGAAAACAACGGCGUGCUGCAUUUAAAGAGCUGCAGUCCACAUUCUGCUCCUAAAACUAUAGUUCUGCAGAUCUACACAGUUUACUUGCACACAAGCACAUACACGCAUGCACACACCUGCUUCUUGUACCUCACACCUAUGUGUAAUCAAAACCACAGCCGAACACUGAACAAGUAGCAUUAGCGUUAUUAGCCGCUUACAGCUAUCCUGAAAUAUGCAUGAGGAAUUUGUUUCGUGGGUGACGGCUGUGGAGAAGACGAGAUGACGUGAGUGAAAUUUCAGGAGACUUCUAAUGUAGGACUUAAACUCUAAUAGACUAGAUUGUGCUUCUAUUUUAAUCUAAGCAACUAUAUAUUUUUAGAAACAAAAACGUUUAUUGUAAAGUUAUUCAGUGUUAAUCAUAAUUUUAAAUACAUGCAGUUGGUGUCGUGGACUAAAUAUUGAUUAUGACCAACUGAGAGAAAAUAAACCAUGGAAACAAAGGGUCAAGAAAUAUUUUUAUUUUUUAUAGAUUUUAAUCAAGCAUUUUGUUCUGUUUUCUCUUUUUUGUUGACUGUUUUCUACAUAUUUGUCAGCUAAAUAUUGUUGUUAAUUUUUGUUUAAUUGUAUUUUAUCAGAUGUUCAUAAAAUCUACCUGUAACUCUAGUGUUUUGCCAAUUACGUAAAGCCCAUUAAAAUCACUGUAUUUUUCAAAAAAAAUAUUUUUGCAUGUUUUUUAAAAUGACAUUUCCGUGAAUCUACAUUAUAUUUAUAUUUACAUUAUACCUACAUUAUAUUGCAAUAUAUUUAUGUGGGUAUUAUAUUAUAUUAUAAUGUAAUUUUAUUCAUUUGCAUGUCUAACCCUACUAUACACUAUUAUAGGCCCUAUAUGGCAAGAGUGUUUUAAGUGUUAUUUAUAUACUAUUAUAUUUAAAACUGUGUAUAAUUAAAAUUCCAGAGAUGAAAAUUCCAGACAGCACUUAGAGACUUUUGCAUCUGAACUCUUAAAAUAAUAUAUAUAUAUAUAUAUAUAUAUAUAUAUAUAAUUUUAUAUGUGCAAAAUGUACUGUAAUAAUUGUAUCAGUGGCAUUCAUUUUCUCUGAAGCGCUUGUAGGUGGCAGCACAGGAAUUGGUCAACAAAACAUGCAAAACUAGUGUUUUGAUGACGUAUAUUGUGUUUAACUAUGUAAUAUUUACUGCUAAUAAGGCAUAAAAUGUUCUGUAAGGAUUAAAAAAAACAACCACAACAUUUUCACAGAUAUUUUAAUCCAGUCUUGUGUUCCACAUAUCAAAAUAAAGACAUUUCUUUUACAGAUCAGUUUCCACUCAGUGUAGCUUGAAAGAAUUUGAUUAGUGGCCUGUUUGCAGGAAACUGAAUUACUACAAUUCUUUCCCAGCCAUCCAGAGUUUAACAAUCAUGCUUUAUACAUAUAAUAAUAAAGUGAAAGCAGUCAGUCUUUCCUGAUUAACAGUACAUGUGCAUAAUCACCUACAGAGUAAAAAAUCAGACAGUGUUGUGCCACCAAUAAGAUUGUGCUAUUUUAAAAAAAAAAUUUAUUGCAUGGAUUGCAUUGCACUGAUAAUAUUGAGAUUUUAUUUCCCCAAAAUAAUCUAGUAAAUAAUCUAUUUAUUUAUCUAUAUACUUUAUUUACAUAACCGUUAAUGUUAAGUUCAAUAUUCGAUCUCUUCAUCCAAGAGUCCAUUUUGUGACUUUGGUGGGAAAAAUAAAAGUUUGUCAGUAGGCACUUAAUAGGGGUGUUAAUGAACACUUUAAAGGUAUAGUUCAACCAAAUGUAAUACGAGUGCUGCAGGGAUGAUAUUUUUGUAGGCCAAAACCCAGAAACAAACAUUUGGUUGACUUCUGGUUUCUGAAGCCAGUGGGUUUUUUUGAUUGGGCUUUUUGUUAAAUGCCUUAAUUUAAGUCUGUGGUUAACACAAGCUCAAGAUAUUUUACUCUACGACAUAAAAACCCAUUAGUAAUACUCCUUAGUUUUUUUUUUUUUAAUCUUUCACUUGUCUUCAAAAAGGAGGUCGCUAGCAAGUAUAUAAAUGGGACUACAGAGGCUGAUCGCGACAUUAAACGUCAUUGUGCCAAACAGAUAAACUUAUCUUCUCACUUCUAGUCUGCUUUUACAGCCUCUUUGUGUUUAUAAUCAAGCUAUUGCAAGCUAUUUUAACUCAGACUUUCAGGGAAACUGUUAUAAAUAAAGACUGAAGGAGUUGUUGUAAGCUUAAUGGUGGUGACUUUAAAGUCACGCGACCAUGGUGUAGUUUAUUUAUAGCCCAUUUUUAGCUUUUUACUUUUUACAUGUAAGGAAUUAAAAAAGUUUGUUGGCCACCGACCAAUAAUUUAUGUAAUAAUCCAAAAAACUGUGUAAAAAUGACAUUGGGUUUUCGUCGAGGGAACCAGGGUGAUGUGAACUUCUGGGUUGGAAUACAAAAAUACAUCAUCACUGCAACGCUCUAUAUGAAUAUGAACAUCCACUUCUGUAGAGUACAUGAUGGCAGAGUUUUAAUUUUUGGUUGAACUAUUUCUAACAUUCAUAUAGUUUGAUAAAAAUACUUUAUGGACAAGGAUGACCCUUGUCUGUGUAGCCAGUGCUGGGUAGUGACGGAUUACAUGUAAUCUGGAUGAUGUAAUCAGAUUCCAAAAAAGUACUUGUAAUUAGAUUACAUUAUAUUUUAAAAUGCUCAUAAUUAGAUUACAGUUACUUUUUUUUAUAGAUUACAUGAUUACAUAUUAACACAAUGGCAGUAUUCAUAAUUUGAUUUGCGCUAGUUUUUUCUCUCUCUCUUAAAUUUUCCUUUAUAAAAUUCUACUGCUUUUAUACACUUGGAAAGUCUUCCAGCUUUUCAUCAAUUCACAAACCCCCUGUAGUUCAUUCAUGAAUCCCCGGCUUAAUGUAAUGUUUAAAACACUUCAUGAUGUUGAACACAAAGAAUGAACUAUAUUUUAGGUCAAAAGUAAUCUAAAAGUAAUCUGAAUACAUUACCUAAUAUGUGUAAUCCAACAGAUUGCAUUACAAAAUAUCAUUUC